AUGAAGCACCCAGGACAUGACGUCUCUGUAUCAAUAUCAACCAAAGACUUCACCUGCCCCGAGUUCAAUGUCAGGAUCAGAAACAGUGCAGCACAUUGCAUAAUCCCCGGCUACCCAACCAAACGCUGGUUCAUCACCCUCAAGCUCGCCCCCAUCUGCGAAUCCGAGGAAAAAUGCACGCAUUACCUCGUGAUCCUGCCAAACAAUGAGUCGCAAGUAGUUACCAGGCCCAAAUAUUGGCCUUCCUUUGAGACGUUCUUUGACCACGGCCCACUUGUGGGCGAGGGCAGCUGGGUCAACUUGGAUAGCACCCCGAGAUUCUUUUGUCCGCCUCCGGGCGCUGACACGGUUCUACCCAUACAUUGGAUGAUACAGCUGAGGGUCUACAAGGCGACGUUUGUGUACAAUCCGCGUCCAGCAGCAGAAAGGCCGCUGGUUGGAGCAAGAACAAUCAUGGCCUGGAGGUACGGGAAGACUGCAAAGCGCACGUAUAGCAUCGAUUAUACCAAUGAGAUUCUGUAUAGGUUUGAGUACCGUUGUCCUAUUUCGAUACAGGACUGCCCGGCCUGGCACGAUAUACCCAGGUGGUUUGAGGAGGAGAUCAGAGAUGAGCUUGAGUGGGGAAGAAGGGGCAGCUCAGCUCAUCAGGUCCCUCACCACGAGUCUGAAAAGCAACAGGUUGUGGAUGUAUUAUACCAAAUGGACGAAGAAAUCGACCCUCCACCUGCAUACUAUCGAGGGCCCAGACCAAAGAACCCUCCACUGGGUGAUCUUCGGAUCAGAGAUCUAUACCAUAAUUUUGAAAGAAACCAUACUACGUGGAGGAAGGUGAGAAGCCCUUUGGCUGGCCCCUCUGGUAAGAGGUGCUCCACGGAUCUGGCAGAUCUGAGAGGGCGGGAGACGCGGCCCAUGCUGAGUCCAAGGGUGCGCGCGCGCGGGCCGCGCAUUUUACCUCCAGGGUGGGAAGUACGAUAUACCGAUACUUAUAGGGUAUAUUUUGUGAAUCAUAACAGUAGGUAUACUACAUGGAAGGAUCCCCGGAUACCAGUCCCAACGGUACUCGAACCAAUCUUCGAUGAGGAUACCUUUACGGCGGGAUUUCGUGCUUUCAGAAACGGUGGUGUGACUCCUCAACGGAGGCUUAAGUCAUUAGAGAGCAGCAGCCUGGCGAGGGUACAACGCAGACUUCGGACAGCGCUGGCAUAUCUGGAAGCCGAUAUCCAAACCUGUUGGAUGGAGGACCGGGGAGUCAUGAUCGGUGGCCGCCUGGAUGCCUAUUUCGACCACUGGUUUCCGGAUCCUCACGUUGAGUUCGUAGAACGCGUCGCCCCCAGUCCCCACGAAGAGGCCUCGACCCCCCUCUAUCGUCUUAUAAGAAGACAUAACGUAACCGUGGAAACACUGAACUUCUUCCUGAGAGGAGCUGGAGAGAAGGAUAUGAGCCGGGUACGCCCCCACAAACGCCCCCGGUUUGGAUGUAUCCCCAAAUUCUUCCUCCGUGCAUUGCCUGACAUCUUGUCGCUAGGCGGACACGUUUGGCAGAGAACCUUGGCUCGAUAUCCCUGGACUACCUCCUUUGCCCGUGUGUGA